AUCUGCUCCUGAGGAGGGGGGUGCUGCCUCUAACACCAGUCUCUCUGAGGAACAACACACCAGCCAUGGAGCUACCAGAGUAAGAUCUGCUCCUGAGGAGGGGGGUGCUGCCUCUAACACCAGUCUCUCUGAGGAACAACACACCAGCCAUGGAGCUACCAGAGUAAGAUCUGCUCCUGAGGAGGGGGGUGCUGCCUCUAACACCAGUCUCUCUGAGGAACAACACACCAGCCAUGGAGCUACCAGAUAUCAGCAGAUCCACAAAUCCCACCUGCAGAAGAAGUUUCAGUGUCUGAUUGAGGGAAUCCAAAAGCAGGGAGACACCAGACUCCUCCAUAAGAUCUACACAGACCUCUACAUCACAGAGGGGGGAAGAGGAGAGGUCAAUGAUGAACAUGAGGUCAGACAGAUAGAGAGGUCAUCCUGGAGAGAAGCAGCACAAGGCAGACCCAUCAAAUGCAGUGACAUCUUUAAACCCUUAUCUGACAAAGACAAACCCAUCAGAACAGUGCUGACAAAGGGAGUGGCUGGCAUUGGGAAAACGGUCUUAGUGCAGAAGUUCAGUCUGGAUUGGGCUGAAGGAACAGCCAAUCAAAAUGUCCACCUCGUAUUUCCUCUUCUUUUCCGAGAGCUGAACCUGAUGAAGGAGAAGAAACUCAGUCUGGUGGGUCUUAUUCAGCAAUUUUUCCCAGAAAUCAAAGAUCCCAGAGUCUUCUCCAGUUCAGAGCACAGAGUCAUGUUCAUCUUUGAUGGUCUAGAUGAGUGUCGACUUCCUCUAGAUUUCCACUCCAACCCAACCUGUAGUGAUGUGACAAAGCCAGCCUCAGUGGACGUGCUGCUGACAAACCUCAUCAAGGGGAAUCUGCUUCCUUCUGCUCUCCUCUGGAUCACCACCCGACCAGCAGCAGCCAAUCAGAUCCCUCCUGAGUGUGUGGACCAGGUGACAGAAAUAAGAGGAUUCAAUGACCCACAGAGAGAGGAGUACUUCAAGAAGAGAAUCAGUAAUGGGAACCUGUCCAGCAAAACCAUCACACACCUGAAGUCAUCUAGGAGUCUCUACAUCAUGUGCCACAUUCAAGUCUUCUGCUGGAUUACAGCCACUGUUGUAGAGAAAACAUCAAAAGAAUCAGACAAAGUAGAAAUGCCAAGGACUCUGACUCAAAUGUACACACACUUCCUGGUCAUUCAGACAAGCAUUAAACAUGUCAAGUACACAGAGAGAAAAGAGACAGAUGAAGAGGUGAUUUCCAAACUGGGGAAACUGGCUUUCCAACAGCUGGAGAAAGGCAAUCUGAUCUUCUAUGAGGAAGACCUGAGAGAGUGUGGCAUUGAUGUCACAGAAGCAUCAGUGUACUCAGGAGUGUGUACUCAGAUCUUCAGAGAGGAGUCUGGGAAGGUGUUCAGCUUUGUGCAUCUGAGCAUCCAGGAGUUUCUUGCAGCUCUGUAUGUGUUCCUCUGCUUCAGCAACAGACAGAGAAACAUGCCUGACCAACAGCAAACCUCUCAGCUCUCUGCUCUGUUCACAGCUACAACAUGUCUUGACCUACACAAGACUGCAGUGGACCUGGCCUUACAGAGUAAGAAUGGACACCUUGACCUUUUCCUCCGCUUCCUUCUGGGCCUCUCACUGGAGUCCAAUCAGAAUCUCUUAAAGCACCUACUGCCACAGAGCAGUAGCCAAUCAUAUAGCUCAGAGCAAACAGCCCAGCAUGUCAAACAGAAGAUCAGAGAUCAGAGUAGCUCAGACAGAAGGAUCAACCUGUUCUACUGUCUGAAUGAGCUGAAUCACCAUGCUGUAGUGGAGAAGAGCAGCUCAGAUACUUUGCAUUUACACAUGCUCUCACCAGGACAGUGGGAGACUAAGACAUUUGAGUUUAAGAUGUCAGAAGAGCUACUGGCUGAGUUUGACCUGCAGAAGUACAUAAAGACACCAGAGGAAGAUCAGACUGAACUGCUCAGUCCAGAUGAAAUUCUUCAGAAGCUGCUGCCAGCGGUCACAACAUCCUCAUCUGCUAAGCUGUAUAAGUGUAAUCUGAGCGAUAAGAGCUGUUCCUAUCUGGCCUCUGCACUGAAGACAUCACACUCAUCAAAUCUCAGAGUGCUGGACCUGAGUUGGAAUCAGCUGCUGGACUCAGGAGUGGAACUUUUAUGUUCUGCUCUUUGUCAUCACAACUGCAAACUGGAGACACUACUGCUGGUUGACUGUAAUCUGAGCGAUAAGAGCUGUUCCUAUCUGGCCUCUGCACUGAAGACAUCACACUCAUCAAAUCUCAGAGUGCUGCACCUGAAUAGCAAUAAGCUGCUGGACUCAGGAGUGGAACUUUUAUGUUCUGCUCUUUGUCAUCACAACUGCAAACUGGAGGAACUACGGCUGCGUGAGUGUAAUCUGAGCGAUAAGAGCUGUUCCUAUCUGGCCUCUGCACUGAAGACAUCACACUCAUCAAAUAUGAGAGUGCUGGACCUGAGUAACAAUAAGCUGCUGGACUCAGGAGUGGAACUUUUAUGUUCUGCUCUUUGUCAUCACAACUGCAAACUGGAGAAACUACAGCUGGAUAACUGUAAUCUGAGCGAUAAGAGCUGUUCCUAUCUGGCCUCUGCACUGAAGACAUCACACUCAUCAAAUCUCAGAGUGCUGAACCUGAGUAACAAUAAGCUGCUGGACUCAGGAGUGGAACUUUUAUGUUCUGCUCUUUGUCAUCACAACUGCAAACUGGAGACACUACAGCUGCAGGGCUGUGAUCUGAGCAAUAAGAGCUGUUCCUAUCUGGCCUCUGCACUGAAGACAUCACACUCAUCAAAUCUCAGAGUGCUGCACCUGAGUAACAAUAAGCUGCUGGACUCAGGAGUGGAACUUUUAUGUUCUGCUCUUUGUCAUCACAACUGCAAACUGGAGGAACUACGGCUUGUUAGCUGUGGUCUGAGCGAUAAGAGCUGUUCCUAUCUGGCCUCUGCUCUUAAGUCUCCCUCCUCAAAUCUCACACAGCUGCACCUGAGUGGUAAUUACCUGAUGAGUGCAUCAGCUGUAGAGCCGCUCUGUGCUCUAGUGAAGGACCCACACUGUAAACUGGAGUAUCUAAGUCCUAAACAUAGAAGAGUGAAGUUCAAGUGAAGUGUUGAGCCACGGCCCUGAGCUGGAUGUCUGUGGGGCAGGAACUCAUGACAUGAGGAUGUGAUCCAACACACACACACACACACACACACACACCAUAUCAUGUCUGGGGAGAAAUAUAGCAUGGAAGCAGCCCAACGGAGGAGAGCUCAACAGACACAGACACACACACACACACACAACUGGGUUCUCCAAAUGUAGUGACAUCAUAGUAUUUAGCCACGGCCCUGAGCUGGAGUCUGUGAGUCUGUGAGGCAGGAAAUCAUGACAUGAGAAUAUAAUCCAACACACACACAUAGACACGGACGGACACACACACACACACACACACACAAAUAUCAGAGAAUGUCUGGGGAGAAAUAUAGCAUGGAAACUCUAAUGCUAACUGAGGAGAGCUCAACACACGCACACAAACAAACACACAUACACACGCACGCACGCACGCACACACACACUCACACACACGCACACACACACACACACACACACACACACACACACACUGUUAUCCAUAUAGUAAGUUGUCCCUGUUAUGACUGUGUAUAGCUGCAAAAACAAGUUUCAGGUUUUUCCAAUAACCCUUUCCUAUAUCUUGCUUCCACCACCUUGAGAAUGCCGGCACAGGGUCAGACUCGCGACCCAGAUCCAAUAAAUCCAAGAGCAUUGUUGUUGCUCGAUGCUUGUUGAUAUUUAUUGUAAAGAAAAAAUAAAAGACAAAAAUGAGUUUGCAGAUUGCUUUUAAAUGUCCAUAUAUCUGUUUGUAGCUUUGUUGGGAUCCAGGCCGAGGUCAACAGACUGUAUUGCUCGGCACGCCUUCUCCCGCUCAUGCGCUGUGCUCUCCAAUUUAUGGGGUGGCACCCUCUCCACCUGUGGAAGGAGCACUCCCAGUGUGUGUGUGUGUGUGUGUGUGUGUGUGUGUGUGUGUGUGUGUGAGGUCAAAAGACUGUAUUUUCAACCUUCAGUUGUUUUUUUUUUGUUUUUGUUUUUUUAAAUGUAAUUAUGUUUUCUUAAAUGAAUAAAUUCAGAUGAAUCUA